UUGUAAGACGAGCGGUGUGGACAUGAAUUUGUCAGUCCAGAGUGCUUGUUCCGACUCUGGCUUGCAUGCCAUUCCAUUGAGACCGACUAUUUCUUUUCCAGAGACAUGACUAAUAAUGUCGCAGGGGAUUUCUUUGUCAAAUUAGAGAACAAUUCUUGCAGCCUCAGACAGGAUGUCAAAAUCGAUGCUUUCUGUAUGUGGCAGUCUGCUCUGCUUAUUUCCCACAAGCAUUGGACAGCAAGAUUCAUUGGCUGGAGAUUAUUUGCAUCAUGCGAUCAUGGGCUUUGUCAAGCAUCUCGGCUCAUGUAGCUACAUAGGUUUGUGCCGACCCACCAGCUUCAGAAUGGCACUCGGCAAGCUGUGGAGUCUUCUUUGGAUUCUUCCUUUGAUACAUGGUUUCAGAGUUGAGCUUCACGUCCACCUUGAUGGAGCCAUCGGCUCUGAUAUUCUCUUCGAGAUCUGUAGGGCGCGCGGCCUUCAAUUGCCUGGUAUUGGGGUGCCCAGAAGUGCGGAGGAGGUCCAGCACUUUGUGGAACGCUCCAGUAGCUGGCACAGAUUCGAUGCAGUGAACGAGAUCAUCGGUGGGGAUUUGGCAUCCAUCAGGUUGGCGGCUGAGGCCUUUGUUGCAUUUCAGGCAAAGUCUGGCGUGCUGUAUACAGAGGUCCGCUACGAUCCGGUGCGCCUCGCUCGAAGCCAACUACAAAAUGCCUCCACCACAGAGGAGGAGGCAGUGAGGGCGGUCCAGGAAGGUCUGGCAGUUGGUGCCGCCAGUCAUGGAGUUUCGGUUUAUCAGAUUCUUUGUGCCAUGCGGGGCAAAAGCCCAAAGCAGUGUUUUGAGAUGGCCCAGUUGGCUUUAAAGCUUCAGAGCAAGGAGAUGGGUGGUGUAGUGGGUCUGGACCUGGCUGGUGAUGAGACAGACUUUCCCAAUGCGGCUUAUGUGGACUGCAUGAGAUAUGCGAAGGACUCUGGGCUCAACACAACUGUACACUCGGGAGAGUUUAAUACGACCCAGUCGAAGGACGUGCAUUCAGCUGUGUUCUUGAUGCGUGCUGAUCGUGUGGGCCAUGGGUACGCGGCGGUUCAAGAUGCCCAGUUGGUUCACGAACUGCGAAGAAGACAAAUUCAUCUGGAAGCAUGCCCAAAGAGUGCUUUGCGGCAUGGAGCCUGGGCUUUACGUGCAAUCCACUCCUUCAAGGAGCAUCAGCUGCUGUUUGGACUUAAUACUGAUGACCCUUCGCUUUUCUUCUGCAAUACUUCUGCGGCUGCAGACGAAGCCAUUGUCUCAGAUUACUUAAAUUUCACAGUGAAAGACAUCCAGGCAGCUUACGCUUCUGCCUACAAAGCACGUUUUGGUGGACGAGACUUGACGCAGUUGCUGGUUUAAAAAAAGAGGCGCAGCUGGUCGUUUGGGUAUUGUGCAAUGCUGCAAGUGGCAAGUCCACUCUUUCAUUUUCUUUAUAUACCAUUUUACCCUAACGGCAUCUUCUCCAAGAUGCUGUAAGAGAGUAUUACUUAAAGACACUUUAUAAGCGUCUUCUAACUGCAACCUGGCCAAACCUUUGCAACCGAGUGGCCCCUUUGCUCGUGUUGCUUCUCAUUCAUUUGCAAAAACACCUUUGCCGCAGCCCACUUUGCCUAUUUUGGUGACAAGAAACUCUCGCAUCACUUUUGUGUUUUUGUUUUUGCCACGCGCCCAUGGCUCUUUGGCGACUCUGCCUGUUGACCCUUUGUGUGGCAGAGCAGCUCCCGGAUGACGAGUGCACCACCGGGACCUGCAGCUUGGAGCUACACCAACUGCGGGCUCAGAAGGAGGAGGCGAAACUGGAGGUGGCCAAAGCGAACGUGACCACCGGCUCUUGUUCGGCAGAUGAUGAGGCAGUCAUGAUGAAACUUGGAGGUGGAAACGCAGAUGGAACCUUUCCAAAGAUCGUUGCAAACUGUGGCCAUUCAGCCUACAGCUUCUGGAGUGGCUUCAAUCAGGGCAAGAUGAGCAGCUGCAUCGCUAAAGAGACCGGCAUGAGUUCUUCAUGCGUUACAUGCUUUGGGGGUUCUGGCAAGUAUGGAUAUGACCAUUGCAAGCUGCAAUGCCUCUUUGGGUCUUGGUGCUCCAACUUGUGCCUAAGCUGUUCGGAGGGAGGCAACAAAGCUCUGGAACAGUGUGUGGGCGUAAAAACGCCACAGGUCGCCAAGUGCUGAGUGAAUGGCGACGAGGUGCUGCCAGACGCGUAGUGCCGCGUAGCCCCAAAGGUUUGCCGGUUUGCCGGUUUGCCGUUCUCGCAA